AUGAGAAGAAAACAAACAACAUGGCAGAUCCUUAAAGGAAAAAUAGAUUUGGGUUUGACCACCCACGGGAUCAAGCUCCCACCAUUCCCUUCACCAUUUCCCUAAAAGGACCCUCUGUUUCGAAGAUUACCUAAAGCAAGUGAGACUUAGAGCAUGCAACUCUUUUGAAACCCAAUAAAAAAAUCGGAAGCUCCUCUGGAAGCUCUGGAAAUUCAGGAUCCUCUUCCUCUUACUGCCACCUCUAACAAUACCCAAAUUCAGGCCGAAAGAACCCCAGGAAUCAACCAAAAGAAAAAUCCCUCCCUCUUUCGGACUUCUGUCUUCUGCUUCGCUUUUUUUUGUUUACAGUGACCAGAAGAAAAAUGAAACACAGAAAAGAACAACCCAACAGAGAAAAACCGAAAGAAAACUUAAAAAAAAAAAAAAACAAACUAAACUCGAAAUCAACUCCCCCCACGCCUCUCUGUACUCUGCUUUCUGCUCUCUAUAUAUAUACCCAAACAACCAAAUAAAACAAAAAUGAAAAGGCCUUGCUCCAGUGCAGGAGGUGCAGCAGCAGGGGCGCAGUGGCAUGGGAUUGGGGCGCAGAGUGUAGGAGGCGCAGCAGCAGGGGCGCAGGCGGCAAGGGCAGGGCUCGGUGUAGCAGAGGGGGGCCUGGCUCUGUGUGCAAGGGGUGCAUGGGAUCUGGGCGCAGAGCAGGGAGCAGGGGCGCAAGCGCAAUGUGCAAGGCUGGUGCAGCAAGCGGGCUCAGGCGAGUGCAAAGGCGCAAGCGCAAGGCUUGGGUGUAGGAGUAGGACGAUGCAGGCAGGCAGGGGGCACAGAGCAAGGGAUAUGGAAUGGCUACAGAAAAUGGCUUGGUCUUUAAAUUGUGAAGUUGGUGAAAUGCCCUUCAAAUACUUAGGAGUGCCUGUAGGUGGAAACCAAAAGGGUUUAAGAAUGUGGCAGCCUUUAAUUGACUCAAUAAAGAAGAAAUUGUCAGGUUGGAAAAAUAGGUGGCUGUCGUUCGGUGGCAGGAUCACACUUCUCAACUCUGUGCUCACGUCACUCCCUGUUUUUCUCCUAUCAGUCUACCUCGCUCCAAAAGGUAAAUGGUGGGGUAGACUAACAGAGGGAAAGGAGAACUUAUGGUUUAGGCUAAUUGAAGAAAAAUAUGGGUCUAGAAAAGAUAAUUGGUGUGGCUGGGUGAGGGAAGGUAAAGGUAGUGGGUCUGGAUGGUGGAGGGAUAUAUGUAGGUUGGAUGUUUUGGAAGAUAAUAGAAGAGGGUGGUUAUUGGAUGGUUAUGAGCUUAAGGUUGGCAAAGGAAAUAGUGUUAGCUUUUGGAAGGAUAGUUGGAGCAAUGCAGGAGUGCUUGCUAAUGCUUUCCCAAGAUUAUACAUGCUAUCUAUAGGAAAGGAAAGCUGUAUACAGGAAAUGGGUAGCUGGAAAGGUGAAACAUGGUCGUGGAACUUUGAAUGGAGGCGAAGCUUGUUUUCCUGGGAGGCCGAAUCACUACAGGAUUUAAAGCAAUGGAUCGAUAUGACUGAAUUCCCAAAAGACAAGGAGGAUACUUGGAUCUGGAAGGCAGAGAGGAAAGGAUUAUACACAACGAAAUCAGGAUACAGCAAACUUGUCCAUCAACAACCUUCAUCACAAGAAUCAUUAUUUAUAAGGUUAUGGAACAGUCACAUUCCUAACAAAGUUUAUGGGUUUGCGUGGUUAUUAUUGCAUGACAGGAUUCCAUCAAAGCUCAAUCUGUUCAAAAGAGGAAUAGUCACAGAAAUAGAAGCAACUACAUGCGGCAUGAAGACAUGGUAUCCAAAGCAAAUAACCGACUGGGCUGGGCUGCUGUUUGGUAUUCUUUGGUAUGGACAACUUGGAAUACCAGGAAUGAGGUAGUAUUCAAAGGGGGCCAUGCGAAUGUGGAUCGGAUGUUUGAUCAAAUACAAGUGAGGUCUUUUU